UAUCGCUCCUCGGUGAUGGGAGAUGAUCGCGACGCGUCACACGAGUAUUCACAAGUAUUGUCAAGCAUGUCAGGGCUCGCUAUCGACUGUAAAUUCCUGGAAAAUCACCGCGCGGAAGGAUGCUGUCGACAUUUACGUGCGUCUACAACUACGUACAUCUGUACUAUGGAAAGGCUGUUAACGUGAACGCUAAAUACAAGAAUGCCACGAACGGUAUGACACCGAAUCGUUUUGUCAUCUCCUUCGUCUUUAUUUCCGGAAUCGCGGUUGCUGUCGUCUUUGCUUUACUGACGCAAUAUCUACGUGGCUUGAUAACUAAUUACAAGGAACAUGAAUUCCGUCAGGUGUUUGUACCACUUCCCCCAGCAAGUAUUAUGGAUAUCAACGAUGACAACUCGCUUGCUUUUGCAUUGGAUAGCACUGAACUCGAUAAGGUGCAAGUUCAGACUACUGCGACAGCGACAGCAGAGGCCCUGACGUCUCUACAUCUAGCAAUGGAAAUGAAAUUAUCUGGAAAGCAAAAGAAAGCUAUAAAAUUGUUUCAACAUGCUGUAGCAUUAGCUCCUUGUCAUCCAGAUAUUUUGAAUCAUUAUGGAGAGUUUUUAGAGUAUACUCAGAACAAUAUAAUCAAAGCUAAUGAAUUUUAUGUACGUGCUUUAACUUAUGAACCGAAUCAUGAAAGUGCUUUGAUAAACAGACAAAGGACAGCUCGUGUAGUUGAAGAGCUUGACAGAAUAAUGCUUAGACGCAUCGAUGAGAAAAGGAAUGCACUAUCAAUGAUACCUGAUAACAACGUCGCACUAAUACGUGCUAAAAAGGAGGCUUACUUUCAUCAUAUUUAUCACACAGUUGGAAUCGAGGGAAAUACUAUGAAUUUGGCACAAACAAGAGCCAUAGUUGAGACACGCAUUGCAGUUGAUGGAAAGAGUAUUGAUGAACACAAUGAAAUUCUUGGAUUAGAUGCGGCUAUGAAAUAUAUCAAUGCGACCUUGGUCAAUAGGGUAGGGUCCAUUUCUAUAAAAGAUAUAUUAGAGAUACAUAGACGCGUAUUAGGACAUGUGAAUCCUGUCGAAGGUGGUGAAUUUCGAAGAACUCAAGUGUACGUUGGUGGCCAUAUACCUCCAGGUCCAGACGAUAUACAUUAUUUGAUGGAGGAAUUUGCAUUAUGGUUAAAUAGUGAAUCUGCCAUUCGAAUGCAUCCUGUGAGUUUGUUUCGUAGAUAUGCGGCUCUCGCACAUUAUAAAUUAGUACAUAUACAUCCAUUUGCUGAUGGAAAUGGUAGAACAUCCCGUUUACUUAUGAAUAUGAUUCUUAUGCAAGCCGGAUAUCCGCCUGUUAUCAUCCACAAACAACAUCGUCAUAAAUAUUAUGAAAACUUGCAAAUAGCAAAUACUGGAGAUGUGAGACCAUUUGUAAGGUUUAUAGCGGAAUGCACGGAACAAACAUUAGAUUUAUUCUUAUGGGCAACUAGCAAAUUUUCUCAACAAGUUCCUGCUCUGAGUCAAGAGACUCUAUUUACCGAGAAGCAUAAUACGAUUAUUUUGGAUGACAAGAGCAGCGAAAUGAUUGAAAACGAUUGAAAAGUAAGAAUCAAUUCAAAAUCUAAAAUAUUUUUGAGACCAAAGAAUGUUCAGUGUUAUUUAUAUUUGAUAUCAUUAUUUAUUAAUAAUUUUAACCUUUAACUUUAAACUCGUGUAAUUUAAAGUUUAAAGAAUUUACAUAACCAUAAAAA